AUGACCAUGGAUCUACGCGACAAUUUUCUAUGGUGCCUAUUUGAGGAUACCGAGGUGGCAGCCGAGAAAUCCGAUCAAGAUCACAGCGCGGAAGCAGUCCUGGAGGAGCUUCACGAUCCUUCAAGAUCCUUCGGGAAACUGUAUCCGGAAAACGAGAAACUCCAAGUAUGCACCUCCGUCAAUUUGAUAGUGACUCUCUGCGCGCAUGUGUCGAAACCCCCUCCCCCUCCUCUCAAGGAGAGAUCAGAAGAAAUUGAUCUCAAUGAGGGUCAAUUGGAAUUCUUGACCUGUCCUCGCUCGAUUGCCUUCUUUGCCGCUUUGGGUACGAGUGAGGCCAUAGCCUUGGGAAGAGGUAUGCUUUAA